AUGGGCACUCUUGAUGAAAAGUUUAACAAAGAUCGUAUUUCAUACAUAUUAAUACAAAUUGAAAAUCACGCUACUAAUAACAAAAGUUAUAGAUAUUUAAAGUCUGCAACUACUUGUGCAAAAUUAGAGUUAGUUAAUGAUCUGUUAAAGUUUACUGAAACACCUAAUAUGACUUCAUGCAAAUGUAAAAUUGCAGAAGUAUUAGAAAAUUAUAAAACAGAUACUAAAGAAACAGGAAAAGAAUUUAUUAAGAAGAUUAGACUUAAAAAUAAGGAAGAUUCAAGUGCUUCAAGUGCCAAAAUUAAAGCAUUUCAAGAGCAUUUUCAGACCUUACUUGGAUUAUUUGGACUAUCUUCGAACAUUUACAAUUGCCUGGUGCAGUUUACACCAGUUUCCACAAUCUUAUCAUUAGCCAAAGUUAGUGAUCUCACAAAUAGCCUUAAACAUUUAUUGUCUGCUUAA